AUGCAAUCGUCAACGGCAAAUAUCAAUCGUGGACGUAAAUCUGGUGAAAUAAGUGUCUUUAUUUUUGGACAGAAUGAUGACGACAAUGAUGAUGAUGACGAUUAUGAUUCAAAAAGUGUCAAAGAAUUUCCUAAAUAUAACUAUGAUUUAACUGAAAAUACCUUCAAUAUUGACUGUGACAACGUCGAUGACAACCAAAUUAUCCUCUCAGCUUUGACCACGAUUGAAGAAGACACUAGUGAGAGUGAUAAUAAUCUUGUUGGACAUCAGAACAUUACUAAUAGUCGACAUCAACAGAUGGAUAAGAACUUGUUUUCACCAAGUACGAAAAAAAAUGAGCGCCCAUUUCAUUUUCAACAUAAAACACAUGUUGAAUCUGCCAAAGAACAAAUACUAGAUGAUGCGUCACAACCAGCCAGUUCAAUAUCAACCAAUAGACAAGAAAAUUCCUAUGAUAAUUACAAGACUGUUGGACAUCGUAAUACAACUUCAGUUCCUCUUAUUGUUGUCACACAUGACGAAACUGAUAGAACGACAUCGAAACGUCUUGUACAACAUUCAGCAGCUAAAAUUGACAAAGCAAAAAAAAAGCAACCAGCGAUUUCAUCUAUUAACAUGGAUAACAUAAGUUUGAAAAAUUAUUUCAGUUCAUCCUCUGGUCUUGAACCUCCGACACCACCCGAAAAAAAUCCAUCGACACGAAACAUUCAAAUUAGUUUAUCAUCACCCGGUAUUCCUGCAACUCCAACUUCAUUACUACAUGCUGGUGGAAAACGGCGUGGAGUUAUUCAUCGAUCAAGUUAUAAACGUGCACACAAAGGACGAUCGUCGAUCGAUCACACGCCCAAUGACUUAUUUAUUGAAUUACAAGAAUUAAGAUUAGAUGAAGAUAAUGAUUGUUAUUGGCAUGAAUGCGCAAGAUGGAUUCGAUAUGAAGAAUAUUUUGAUGUUGAAAUGCAACGAUGGCAAGCACCAAGAAUUAGUUGUUUAAAUUUUCAUAGUCUACUUGAACUGCGACGUGGUUUACAAUAUGGUAUUGUUUUACUCGAUCUUGAGGAACAAACUCUAGAAGGAAUUUAUGAUGGUGUGAUCAAUGAUGCAAUUGCUAUGGGACAAAUGAAUAAAGAUCUUAAAGAUGAAUUGCUCCGUAUUUUAACUAGCGAUCAUAGACAUCCUGACCCUCGUUCUUCAUUUCGACGUCGUUCAUCUAUUUUUGAUUUCCCUCAAACUGGCAUAAGACGAUCAAGUUUGGCGUUUAAAAAAAGUGAUCAAAUUAAUUUUGAUGAUACAAGACGAAGUAGCCUAUUAGAAUUAAAAAUGAAUGGCGAAUUCAAUAGAAAUAUGAAAAAUAUUGUUGUUAAAUAUGAUAAUAUUGAUGAAACUGUUGCUACAGAUGUAUGUGCAAAACGAUCGGAAGCUGAACAAAAUAAUAAUGUUAAUGGAAGCAAAGAAAGUGUUAAUCAAAUACGUUCAUCAUUGGGCACUCAUCGGCUGUCACAAACACAAACAAAGAAAUCCCGCGACUCAAUUCCAUAUAAAUCUGAUGUAAUGAGACGAAUUUCGAAUAAUGCUGAAUGUGCUGAAGUUCUUAUUGGCACUAUGCGUAGUUUACCAAGGCUCAUUAUGGCCUUUGUUCGUCUUUCACAAGGCCAACUGAUAGAUAAUAUGAGUGAAGUUCAAUUGCCAGUUAAAUUCAUCUUUCUACUGAUCGGUCCAGGAGUGGAAGAAUAUUUUGAAAUUGGUCGUGCUCUUAGUACUCUUUUCAGUACGCAGGACUUUCGUAAUGUUGCUUAUCAAGCCAUGGAUCGUCGGGAUUUAUUGAAUGGUAUAAAUGAUUUUUUGUCAGAUUCGAUUGUGUUACCGCCAGCUGAUUACGAUAAAGAACUUCUACUACCAAUAAUUGAAACAGCGAAAAUUAAAAAAACGAAUUCAGACAAACGUAUAACAGCAUUUAAAAAGCAAAAUAGUGAUCCAUCGAAUGAAAAUCAACAGCAACACGUUCAAUCGACGAGAGUUUUAUUAGCUAAAAUAUCUUCGUUAUCAAAUGAUAAACAAGAUGAAGAUCCAUUUUUACGAAGAGGCUUUGUAUUUGGUGGUGUUUAUCAUGAAAUGCGUCGUCGUUAUGCGCAUUUUAAAUCGGAUUUUUUGGACGCAUGCUCUCUUCGUUGUUCUAUUAGUCUUAUAUUUAUGUCUAUUGCUUGUCUUGCACCGGCACUUACCUUCGGUGGUAUUAUAGCUGACAAAACUUGUAAUCGAUUAGGUGUAAAUGAAAUGUUAAUUGCUUCGUCGAUUAAUGGCUUCCUGUUUGGACUUUUCAGUGGACAACCGUUGCUGAUUCUUGGGCCAACAGGACCGUUUCUUGUUUUUGAAGAAGUAGUUUAUGAUUUAUGUCAGUCGUUGGAUGCAGAUUUUUGGACAGUACGAUGUUGUGUUAGUCUUUGGACAACUUUUUUUAUUAUUAUGUUAGUGGCUUUUGAAGGUAGCUUUAUGAUUCGCCAUGUGACUCGUUUUACCGAAGAGAUCUUUGCACUUAUCAUUGCUCUUGUUUACCUUUAUGAGCCAUUUAAAAAACUUUAUAAGAUAUUUCUUUCAAAUCCAGUACGAUCAAAAUAUAGUUAUGAUUUUCCAUUCACUUGCUCCUGUAAUAUAUCUUCAAUAUUGAAUAAAACAUUUGCUUUUGAUGAUAUGAAUUCAUCAUUCGAUAGUACGUUAUCUAGUUCUACAUCGAAAUAUUCAUGUUAUGACUGUAAAUCAAAACAAGAUUCGUUCUCUUCUUCCACGCUAUCGUAUCGCAAUUCAACAUUAGCAUCAAAUGAUGAAGAUCAAUUACCAAACAAAGCACUUCUUUCGUUUAUUAUACUUAUCGGAACGUGCUUCAUAGCUGUCGCACUGAAACUAUUUAGGCGCAGUAAAUUUUUUGGUCGAACAACAAGACAAACGUUGAGUGAUUUUGGCAUGACGAUUGCGCUCAUUUGUAUGGUGCUAUUUGAUAUGUUAGUUACGAAGACAGCUGGUGGUCAUGAUCUUACACAAAAAAUAAAUGUGCCAGAUUCGAUUAGACCCAGUGAUGUCGAACGUGAUAAUACUUGGUUUAUAUCACCACUCAGAAAACCACUGCCAUUAUGGGCUUAUUUUGCAUCAUCAUUUCCUGCAAUUUUAAUAUCUGUAGUACUCUUUUUCGAAGUAGAACUAACUAGUAUUAUGAUUCAGUCAAAACUUAAAUGUGUUCAUCCAACUAAAAUGAUCAAAGGAACUGGUUAUCACUUAGAUAUAUUAAUAGCUGGUAUUUUAAUAUCAAUCAGUGGACUCUUCGGUCUUCCUUGGAUAUGUGCAGCACCUGUACGAAGUCUUGCUCACGUCGCUAGUCUAUCCAAGUACAGUAAUACUCAUGCGCCAGGAGAAAAAGCUCGUUUAAUCGAUAUAAACGAUCAACGUUUAACAAAUAUUGGUGUACAUCUAUUUAUUGGUUGUACAAUUUUUGCAGCACCAAUUAUUCGUAAAAUUCCAGUGGCUGCUUUAUUUGGUAUAUUUUUAUAUUUUGGUAUUGUGUCCAUAUCCGGCACACAAUUAUUUAGUCGAAUUAAAAUGACAUUUAUUCCAACAAAAUAUCAUCCAAAUUUCGGUUAUUUACGACGAGUUCGUCAAAUGAAACGCAAUUUCUACACAUUCAUACAAGUGACUGCGGCCGGUUUAUUAAUUACAAUUAAAUUGACAAGUUUUGCGUUUCUCUUCCCGCUAAUACUCGUCUUACUUGUACCAUUUCGAAAAAUGUGUCUUCCAUUCAUUUUCACAGAACGUGAAUUUGCUGAACUUGAUGGCGAUGAAACACCGGAUGGCACUUUUGAUGAUGAAAUUGAUUUCUAUGGUCAAGUUCAUUUACCAAUUUGA